AUGACCAAAUGGCCAAGUGACGAACAAGGGCAACGAGGGCCUCAGAAGAUGGUACCGACGAGGGUGGGAUUGACGCGGUCCCGUGCGCUUGGGGCUCGCGGCGUCCGCAGACUUUGGGACCGGGCUACCGGAUUUUGCAGCCGGCGGAUGGGCGUUGGUGAUGUCGCCGAGGGCUUGGGUCAGGCAACGCAGGCGGCGAUGGCCUCUGCAUCUAGGGCCGGUGGCUGCCGCUUGUUAGACGCGAUCCUUGCAGCGGGCGUGCCGAGUGACGGCGACAAACAUCGGCGACAUACUGUAAACAUCAUCUACAAGUGCUGCACACUGACGGCGGCAAUGUGCGCAGGGAGCUCCAAGGCCGGUCGUUGUAUUAGAGCCCGGAGCGUGGGUUGUGCCAAGUCCACGACAGGGCUUUGUCAUAAUGCGACGCAACCACUCUGCGGCUGCAUUGCUGCGACGCAUGCAUGUUUCUUGCGUGCAGCUCUAGCUUGCGCCGUACCUGCAGCCGCUGUCCUUGUGAUCACAUUCAUGCAUACAUACGCAUACGGUACGGCGCACACCCAGAUAGAGUACAUAUGUUGGUGGGGGAUGGCUGAAAAGAAAUUGAACCGCAAUCUCAGAGCAUCGCAGUUGGGGGCGGAAUAUCUGCCUGUUGCAUCUAUCAAAGAUAUUGUUGGCUCCCCUGGGCCCGACCGCCUGGUGCGCGGUGAAGCGUUGCAUGCAUGA